ACAGCUCGGCCAUGUUCGGUCGCGAGUGGAAACCACAGCCUGCCGCAUAGAGAGAAGAAGCUGUUCUCUUUGCAGUAGUUUCACCUCUUUGUAACCUUACAUAAUGGUGAAAUACUAAAGAAUUAAAUGCACUCUAUUAGUUUGUAGUCAGACUUUAAGCUGGACGCGCCUUGCACCAUGUCAGCCAACACACAAGAUUUUGACUUUGAUGAAUAUGACAAACCUGGUGCUGAGCGGUCACGCAGGAGGAGAGGUGAAGAUGACGAUCUAGAGAGUGAUUUGGAAGAGGAUUUGUUGGGGGAGGAUUGGCUGUCAGGAAAAAAGAAUCCCUCAGAAAUGUCAGAUGAAGAGCUGAAUGAUGACCUUCUACAAAGUGAUGAGGAAGAUGUAAAUAUAAGCGGUCAGGGUGUGAGCCUCAAUGCCACAUACAGCUUGGGCGCAUCCUAUGGCCAGCAGGAAAACACGCAGGAAGCAGACUACACAGAUGACGUUGUGAACCUGGGUGCAGAAGGGGAUGUAGGAGGGGAGCGUUACCAGCAAGAGGGGGUAGAGGUGUACACACAGGAAUACAGCCAAGACAACAACACAGAGAUGCCUGAAGACCAAAUGGAUUACACCGGAGAGCUAGCUGAGGGUGACGAUGGCUACCAGGAUGAAGUGCUAGACAUCCAAAUCAAUGAGCCCUUAGAUGGUGAAUUUCAAGAUGAUGAAUACCAAACCUCUUAUGAUGAUGGGCGUCUGGGUGAGCAUGGAGUCCAACAGGAGGAGGUCCCCGAGGAGCAGGAAGAGCAGGAGGAGCAGGAAGAGGAGGAGGAAGACACAGCCGAGGGCUCUCAGAUUGAAAAUGAAGCUGGGCCUGAAGAAGAAACAAAGGAGGAAUCGGACGAGGAGGAUGAGGAAGAUGAACAAUCUGGUCGCAUACGGUUCAAAUCUGAGAGAAAGGAUGGCGCUGUUGUGCGGUUGGCUGAUGCAGGCAGUAACCGGAGGAAUAUCCCAGAAACACUAGAACUGUCAGAGAAGGCGAAGCAAGAUUUGAUGGAGUUUGAGGAACAAGAACGGCAAAAGAGACAAAACCGAUACGGAUACGGAGGCCGAGGCAUGCGAGGAGGAAUGCGAGGAGGCAGAGGAAGAGGAGGCUUCCCACCUUUCGGAAUGAUGGAUUUUAGAGGAGGAAACAGAGGAAGAAUGAUUGACCACAGGAUCCCCCUGAUGGGACACAUGGGCAUGCAGCAGCCAUCCUCCCGAAUGCCUCUUCCUCAUCAGCCCCAUCAGCAGCAACUGCACUCCCAGCAGCAGCACCACCCUUCACGUCCAAGAGGUCCUCCUCCCUUCCAGGACCACGGGCGCCCGCUGGCCCAGCAGCCCCUUCAGCCCCUCAUCCCUCCACACAUGACUCACCGCUCCCCACCGUUGCGGCCCCAGUUGGAGCCGCCACGACUGAUGAAUUCCCCGCCACCCAACUUCCCUCAGCAUCACCAGCAGCAGCCUCCACAGCCCAAAAACAUCCACAUUAACCCCCAUUUCAGAGGGCCCACGUCAUCCUCUGUACAAGUGCCCUUGAUGCCUCCUGCUCAGAGCCAGCCCAGACCUGCUGUGGGUCCUCAGAGGUUCCCUGGACCGGGAGACUUCCAGCAGCACAUGUCUGGUAAUUUUGGUCAGCCCCAGCGGCCCCCUCAUCACAUGGAGCCCUUUAGGAACCAGCCACCUCAAGGCCCACAAGACAGAGAGCCCCUCUUUAUGGGAGAGCGCACAGAGUCAACACGGUUUCCAGGGCAGCACAUGUUUGAUCACCAGGGCCCAGCUCCUCUGAUGAACAACCUCCACCAGCAGCAGCAGCAGCAGCAGCAGCUGCCCGGCCAGGGCCACAUGGGCUUCGGCCCGCCAGGACCAGCCUUCAACCAGCCGGGCCAGGGUCCGCUAGGACUUUUUCCGAGAGAACCCCCAAGACCCAACAUCCCUCCCCACCAAGGUCAUCAGGGGAUGGUCGGCUUGAAUCAACAAGGUGGCCCCCCCAACCAGCCCAGACCUUUCAUGGGCCCUCGUCAGCCGUUUGGCCAGCAGGGGAACCUUUUCCCCCCUCCACAAGUCCAAUUUGGGAUGCAGGUACGACUAAGAGGCUUAAUGCACGGCCCUCCUGUCUCCCAGAUUCCACAUCACGAGCCCUUACAAUCCCAUCAGCCCAUGCACCAGCAGCAGCAACAUCAUAGGCAGGAGAUACCCCAUCAUCAGCAGCAACAUCUAAAUGUCAAUGAGCCUCGCCCCAUGAUGCACCAUGGCCAGAAUCCCUUCCAUCAACAGCAGGCGCAUGGUAGCCCCAGGCAGAUGACUCCCCGCCCUCAGAACCCCCAACAGCGCAACAUGUCCAACAGGCAGAGGAUGAACACACCCAUCUCUAAGCAAAUGCAGCAGCGCAACAGCAACCUCCGGGAGCUCCCGGUAGCACCUGGCAACACAAACAUGAACAGUAACCGCCCCGCCGCCAACGUUAGGCCUGUUGCCAAGGCAACACAGGGGGUGCGUCCCGGGCAGAACACUCAGCUGGUGCCUGACGGUGGCAGAGGAAGAGGCCAAGUUGCUGCCAAGAUCGAAUCACAGCCUGGAGGAGCAGGCAGGACAGUGGUUCGCAAGGAAAUCCCAAGCACGCCGUCCAGCACGGCACCACAGAACCCUGAUGAGGAUGAGGAGACACGGCAGUACCGUCUGAAGAUUGAGGAGCAGAAGCGUCUGAGAGAGGAGAUCCUGAAGAGAAAGGAGAUGCGACGGCAGAUGCAGGCUGGCGUCAGGAAGAAAGAGCUGCUGGACAGGCUCAACGCCCAGUCUCCGAGCCAAGGCCCAGUUCCUGCACACAUUCAACCCUCACCACAAAAUCAGCAAAUGCCCCACCCUGUACAACAGCUACAACAUCAACAACAACAACAACAACAACAACAACCACCACCUCCGCAACUACAGCAGCAACAACAGGAACAAAGACAGCAGCAACAACUGCAGCUACAACAGCAGAGACAGUUGCCUCAGAGACCACAACAAUCAUUAAAUCAAUCAUUAAGGAAUCCUAAUCAAGCCACCCCCAUCCCUCCCAACGGCAGUCCUCAGAUCCCUAGCCCACGUCCCAAUGUUAAGACACGGCUGCAGAUGGUAAAAGGUGGCUCCCAGCAGCAGCAGACCCCUGGGCCUGUUCCAGACCAGCAAUGGAGGCCGCCUCAACAAAUUCAGCAGCUGCAACAACAACAGCAAAGGAACAAUGCUGUGCAGAACCUAAACCGGCCUGGUGCUCCGAUCCAGUCCAGUCAGGUCCCCCAAAAGAUCAUACCUGUGACUCCCUCUGUGGGCCCUGGCCAGGCUCCGGCUCCGACUCAAGGACCUAAACCCGGGGCUAAAAGAACUGUGAUGCAGCGAGCCAAGAAUUCUGGUUUCGAAGGCCAGCAGGUGCCACAGAAAGUCAGAGUCGUCAAACUUUCAGGAGCGAGUGGAAAGGGGCCAGUGGCAGCCGGCAGCCCAGUGCCGCAACAAGGCACCUGGCCGGCAACCCCGCCCAACGAGGCUGUGCAGAGGAAGGUUACCAUGACGGGGCAGCAGCAGCAACAGGGACCAGGCGCAACACCACCGGCUGGCCGAGGGGUCGUGGGCAACCCACAGCAAAACAGGGUUGUCGUGUCGGGCCGGGGCCGAGGUAGAGGGGUUGGUCAGACGGGUCGAGGUCGUCCGAUGGCCACCAGACAGAGCCAAAGAGAAACAGAGAGCGAACGCUGCACUGUGUCCAUUGAGGGCCUCUCCUCAUCCACAACUGACGUUCAACUGCAGAAUCUUCUCCGGUCCAUCGGCCCCAUAGAGAUGUUCAAAAUGAUGCCCCAGCAGAGGAAAGCAAUCGCCACAUUUUCCAGUCCCCAACAUGCAGAAAAUUUUCAAAUGAGCUUCCAUAGGCACAUGAUUGAUUUGUCCCACAUUGAUGUGACGCUGGUUGAUGGAUGAGGAGCGCAAUAGAGCCAGGGAGUCCCGUUACAAGGAGUCACCUUCUCCCAACGUGGGAGCCUCUCUCGUGCACAGCUCCAACCUGGCAUAGGAAUACUUCCUCAGCGCUUUGGGGGUCACACACAGUCGACAUCUCUGCACAGAAGCGUCAUUCAUCUCCUCAACAACUUGGAACAGUGAACAUUAGCUGCGAGCAUGCCUUUUUUUUUUGACUUUACCAAUUGUCCAUUGUUGUAAAAUGGCACUGGAGAGACACUGGACAGUUAAUCCUACUUUGACGUAGUUUGUGAUGUUUUGUGCAUCUUACACGGACACUAAGUAGAACUUAUCAUGGGAUAAUGGUUGCUCCCCUCCUAAAUUAGGUUAAUUAUUAAAACAAACACCUAAACCUUGUAGAGUAAUUCUGAUAUGACCACUUCAUAGUUUAUUAGUUUGCAGCUCGCCGUUUGGUUCGGUGCAGGAAAUGGUUGUGGCAGACUGAGGCCAGCCUCUUCACAUAGCAGUGUUUCUCCCCCCCUGUAGAUGGCAGUAUUUCAUCAGUAAUGGUGCUUCAUGUUCUUCCAAACUUUCAGGUAGAGAUGAGUCUCCUAGCUGUUUUUGGGUGAAUGGCACGAUCUAGUGGAGAACUUGUAUACAGGCACAGAGGUUUAACAUUUGACACGUAGCAGUGACUACUGUGACCAAAUUGGCAUCGGAUGUAAAACGUUUUUUUCUAAAUUCCCAAUAGUUUUAGGAAGUGUAAAUGUUGUGACUCUUGUGUAUAUUUUGUGGUGCUUUUCAGUUUUGAGUGCAGCUUCUGGGACAGAUUGUUCAGACCAUCUCUAGUUCGGGUUAGUCAGUUCGGUCAUUCGGCGUUGUUGUCCUUGUUCUAAAUAUUGUUAGAUAUUUUAACUGUUACCUGGAAUCCCUUUUGGAAUAACCUUCAUUGCAUUUUGGAUGCAUAUUUUAGUUGUAUGUCUGAUUAUGGAGUAGUAAGAUUUAGGUUUAUAAUCUGCUGAGUGUACUUUUAGGGAAUGAGUAUGUAAGAUGUUUUUUUGAGUUGUUUUUUUACAAUUGUAUAUUGUUUGGGAGAUUUAAUAUUCGUCAUAUAUUUGGUACGUCAGGAUACAUUUCUGUGAAUGUUUUGCUAGGAUAUACAUUAGGCUUCCUCCGUUCUGGUAUAAUUGAAUCUGCGUGACUAUCAGUUGAUAAUUUGGUGCCUUAUCAUUGAGCUGCGUGUUGUAUCUGGAAUGGAAAUUUGAACGGUUUGCCUUCACACUGAGCUGAUAACAUAGAUGUCUGGCCGUAGAGCAGAAAAGUAAUUCACUGUAUUACUUUGCCCCUUAAAUUGAAUCCCCCUUAAUAUAAUAAAGACAUCCUAAAUCACAUUGAUCGUACAUAAAGUUAAAUUUCUUCAUGAGAAUUUCUAAGUACAAUCUCUGAUAUAUUUUAAUUUUAUUUGAGCAUGUGCCCUUGUUUGGGGAAUGCUACUACGUCACUGAAAUCCUUCAAUUUUCUAAAUAUUUAAUUUCCGUGUCUGGCUCUCAGUUUGAUUUUAUGACACAUCGUUAUUAGACUAAAUAAAGCAACGAAGGCUCAUUUACUUUUUCCAUAAUUCCAUGAUUUUUUUCCCUUCAUCACACAACAUUUGUUUUGUCUAUCCCGGGUUUAAAGUUAAACAAAAACAGUUAUUUUAAAUAUUAAGACGUUGUUACGCAUGGUAACUAAUAAUUGAAGUCCAGAAGUGACUCUAAUGUACAUUAUUCACAGGAAUGUGACAAAGGAAGCCGAGGGGGCAACCAUUAUCUAUGUAGUGAUCAUGUACAUACGUAGACCAGAACUUUCUCUCAAUAUUCAUCCUGUUGAAUUUUUUUUUUGUUGUAUCAAGUUAAAACAUUUUUAUAUGUAAAGAUAUGCUGAUGUGUCCAGACAUAAAUCAUUUUACUAGUGUUUUGUUUCUAAUUUAGAGCCAAAAUGAAGAAUGACUGGACCACAUUUCUGUUUAUAAAACAUUUGACAAAAAGUUUAAGGGAAAAUAAAAACAUGGCCAAUAUACCGUGAACAUGCAGGUAUGUGAAGCCGGUUAAACUUUAGCCCAAAGAUGUGUGUGAUGUCCAUCUGUCUGGUGCCUUUUACGAUGAAUAAUCUUUCUUAUUUUUGCUGCAAUUUAUUAAUUUAUACUUUACGUAUUCUGUAAGUUCCUGGGUAUUCAACGUGCAACAUAUCGCAUAUACUUUAAAAACACUUUUUAAACACCUUGUAUGGCAAGAAAUACAACGUCAUAUAGAUUUAGGGGAAUGCCACUGAAUUUUGGCAUUGAAAUGAUUUGCUUCAUAGCCGAAAACACAAGAAUCUGUCCUGCCCCUUUAACUGUGAUGUCAUACUAAUGUUCAGCUCCCUAUAGCCCUGACGUGCUAGAGGUAACGCAAUAGGCAAAGACUUUUAAACUAUUUCACUGGAUUUGACUGAAACAAAGAUAAUUUUGAGGGUCUAUUAUUUACUGUUAGUAAAUCAACUCCUGGCUGUGCAUCUGGAUGACAUCACAGAUUACGUUCUUGGUUCUCUGGUUUUAAGACUUGGGAAAGAGUUGUUCAUGUUCACAACUACGUAUUGGCCUCUGUCCUUGUCUGCAUGUGUGAAUCAAAUUCAUAAAUUUAGUGGUAUUUCCCUUAAAUUACUUGAAGUAAGUCAAACUCCACAAAAAGUUUUAAAAUAAGCUGCACAUUCGUGAUUCUUGCCAGUAAAGGUCACUUAAUUCUCAACAUGCUUGAAGUAUCCAAAGUGUUGGGACAAAUGGGGUGUUUGAAAAUAACUCCUUCUUCUUGUGAAACUUGAGGUUCCACGGUUCUAAGUCUUUUUUUGUAUGUUGUACAGUUGUUCUAAACUGUCUUCUUUAUGUUUUUAUUCCUUUUUGUUUUGAGUUGAACUGAUGUAGAGGUUUUUGUUCCCUAACAAUGUGUAUUUAAUGUCUUUCAUGUUGUGGGUUACACUUGAUUUUUAGUGCUAUGGUAAAUCCUGUGGAUUUGAAAGAGUACCGGCAAUGCCAGUGAUAGUUAUAUUGCUACAAGACAUCUGGUCUUGUAAUGACAGCAGAUUCAUAUUGAAUCUUUUUUGUACCUUAAUUUUAAGAGUUUCGUACAUAUAUGUACCUUGAACUUAUAGACAUUGUGUUCUAUAUCUUAUAGUAAUUUCCUUGAGGAAAAUGGGGCUCUGAUUUACAGCAGGCUAUUUAACUAGCUUGUUUUUCCAAUCACAUCACCUCAUGUGGUUGCAGUAGGGUAUUUAAUAUUUUAUUAAGAAAGGCUCAUUUGUGUCUAUGGGUCUUUCUUAUGCUUGCAUAAGCCUUCAUUAUGGCUGCUAGCAUCAGAAUGGUUACACUAGCUGGGUUAGGUUUUACAUAACACUAACUCACAACUUUUUUUUCAACAGGUCCAUUUGAUGAUCCAGGGUGCUGAGAUUUUGCAGACAGGCUGAAAUAAUUAAAUUUUUUCUUUCUCUUCAGGUCGCAUUCAUGCCAACAGAGCUGUCUCACAAGCUGUCAUCAGUGUGGUUGCUAGACCCCAAAAGCAAAGGACCAUACCAAGGGUUUAGCAUGUUUUAGCAAAUCGACAAAUUGGGUUAUAAAUGGGUUAUGAUUUAUAAAUUAUAGCUACAGCUUUUCCCAACUUAAAGGCAGCUGUUGGUUUUAGUUCAUGCAAGCGCUGUGUGAAAAUCAACUUGCUUAAAAUUGGCAAUCCAUCACAUUCGACUAUUAAUUGGCUUUACAUUCUGUCAAAGUUAUUGUUGCAUGAUAAGGUAGUUCAUGUUAUUGGUUCCUUGUUGAUGCAUUCAGGUGCUUAUGCAAAGCUCCAACAUCUGAUAUUUGAGUUGGGUGGUUUAUAGUUUGUCCCUCUAAUGUAAUAAAUUAAACCCAGCAGGUCAUUUGAAAACACUUGCUACUGUUUUGAUUUCUCAAAGGCUUUUCUAUCCUGCUGGUAUGAAAAAUAAUUCAUUUGCUGCAUGUUGUUUACAACACAUCACCAAACUGAAAGGUUUUAAUCAGCUUUUUUAAUCUAAUUCUCCUCAAGUUGUGCUAAACAACCAAGAAGAUACAGUACAUCUCCAGUUUUUGUCUUUGUUUGGUUCAAGUAAUAGUUGCACCGUAUUUAUUUAAGUUAACGAUACACCAGAUGGAUAGUUUUUUAUACCAGCAGAAAGCAGCUUUAAGUGUUGUCAAAUGACCCACAGUUUUCUUUUAUUUUGCCUUGUAUUUAUAUUUGAUGAAAUCAUUUGCUUAAAGGUGCUAUUGAUAACAUUCGACCACUAGAUGUCGCAUUCUCCCUCACCCGUUACAUUGCAUUCUCUUCACAACAAGUCGUUGCCAGACACACUUACCAUCAAAACCCUGAUGGCCGAGAUACCACGUGAUACCAACGUCGUUUUACUAUUGGCUCACAAGCCUUGUUAGAAGUGGGAACCAAACGCCAGAUAUCUUCCACAGAAAUAAACAAAAACAUUCAUUUUGGACCCGUCAAAAAUGUUUUAAAUGAUUAAUUCACAAUCAUCAAAAAAUAUUCGUCUACAUGAAAAUGUUAUCAAUAAGACCUUUUAAGAUUGUGACUUUAAUGAAACCAUUGAUGCAAAACUCUUAGAAGUAUUGAUUACAUGAGAGGCGCAAACAGGUUGAACAAAAGCAUUCAAAACCUUUGGCAUGGUCCGACACUUGUGGUGCUCCUGGUUGAAACACAUCUGGGCUGUUUGAGGUUUUGUUUUGGAGGGCACUGUAGGGCACAUCACUAUAACAGAAUGACCUUUAGUAUUAAUCAUUUUUCAACAGCGUCCCAGUGAGAGGAGCCAUUGACCAGCUUUAGCCAUGAUACUAUGUCACUUUUCCUGCCUUCACUUAACACUUUAGGUUCCUUUUCAGCCAUGCAGUGUCCGGCCUUGGAGUGAAGAUUUCACUUGAGCUUACUUCCCUCACUAAAUAGAUAUUGCCGCAUUCAUUUGGCCCGCCGCAUUUCCUUCCAUUGCUGCUUUUCCUGCCAUCGGCUCUUCUUCCAACUUGCAUAUAUUUGCUCAUCAUUUCCUUGAUGCUGCUGUUGUUGAAUGAACUUCUGUAUCAAGCAGGGUGGCCUACCUGGAUUACCAUUGUUUGUUAGCCCAGUGGAUGGAGGUUUCCAUCUCUGUGACGACAGCCGGGUUCACAGAGCAGACACGUAACUCUAAAGCCGCUUUAUGGCUUUCACUGCACCAAAGGUCAUCCCGACUCCUUGACAUGCAUUGUUUGGUUGGAUUUUGAAAAAAAAGACACUACAGUGGUUUCCUCAUCCCGAACAGUAUGGUGCAUCAAAUAAUGACUGAAAAUCCAACCUUGAAACUGUUGACAAUCCAUCCUGUCAUGUUUGUUCACAACUUGAUGUAUAACAUGAAGUAAUCAUGUUUUGUGUUCGGAAAUCAAAUCCUGUUCUGAUGCUGUAAAUUAUGUUUUCUAAAGAAAUUUAAUGUUUUUUAAAAGAAAGUGAAUACUUCUUAAAGAGAUGGAAUGUGUUAAAUUUGAUACUAGACACUUGAGAAAAAUAAAGGUUUUGAUAUACACAGCAA